AUGACAACGCCAGAGCAAGACGACAACGCCAGAGCAAGACGACAACGCCAGAGCAAGACGACAACGCCAGAGCAAGACGACAACACUAGAGCAAGACGACAACGCCAGAGCAAGACGACAACGCCAGAGCAAGACGACAACGCCAGAGCAAGACGACAACGCCAGAGCAAGACGACAACGCCAGAGCAAGACGACAACGCCAGAGCAAGACGACAACGGCAGAGCAAGACGACAACGGCAGAGCAAGACGACAACGGCAGAGCAAGACGACAACGCUAG